CACUCACAUUCAUUUUUGAUACAAAUUCCGUUUUGCGAAUUUGCACAUAGUAUCUGUAUCAAAUUUAGUAUUACACUUUUCUUAGUCGUAUUUCGAUAUCAUAGAACUCCAAAUCGCAUAUUUUAAACCCCCACAACUCACUGGACAAUCAAAACUCCCCGCCAUCAAUUCUCGAGAAACUUCAACAUGACCACCAACGGCGCAUCGGAGGACAUGGAUCUCUAUGGUGAGUUCUUCGGUAAAGCUUAAAACGGCAAUUAUUAAACUACGUAAAAUAGGUAUAUUGGGCAUAAGCAAGGAUGCCACAAAAUCCGAGAUCAAAAAAGCCUACCAUAAGGUAUGCCCGCACUUAGCUUCACUGAGAUUUCCUAUUGACUUUCUCAGGCAGCAUUACAACAUCAUCCCGACAAGGUAGCAGAGGAUCAGAGAGAGGAAGCAGAUGAGAAGUUCAAGACUGUGAGCCAGGCAUAUGAAAUUCUUUACGACGAGGAGAAGAGGGAAAUGUACGAUACUCAUGGUAUGGCUGCAUUUGAUGGAAGUCGACCUGGGAUGGGAGCAGGCGGAGUUGAUUUGGAUGAUAUUUUGUCGCAGAUGUUCGGUAUGGGUGGAGGUAUGGGUGGUAUGGGAGGUAUGCCACCUGGAUUUGGAGGCCCAGGAGGACCUGGAGGGCCAAGACAACCACGGAGAGGAGCAGACGAAGAGCAGCCAUACAAAAUUUCACUCGAGGACUUGUAUAAGGGAAAAACAGUCAAGUUCACGAGCAAGAAGAACGUAAUCUGUAGCCAUUGCAAAGGUACUGGAGGAAAGGAGAAGGCCAAGCCAGAAACUUGUGGCAGAUGUAAGGGCAAUGGUGUCACCAUGGGCCUCAGGAGCGUCGGACCAGGCCUUGUCACCCAAGAAAGAGUUAUGUGCGAUACCUGUUCAGGAGCCGGUAAAAUCUUUAAGGAGAAGGACAAGUGCAAGAAAUGCAAAGGAAAACGCACAACCAAGGAACAAAAAUCAUUGGAGUUGUAUAUACCCAGGGGUGCAAGAGACGGCGACAGAAUUGUUUUGGAGGGUGAAGCUGAUCAGGUACCCGAUCAAACGCCCGGCAACAUCGUAUUUACUAUUGAUGAAGAAGAUCACGAAAUUUUCCAGCGGGCUGGCGAUGAUCUUUCUGCGGAGCUCAACAUCACACUAGCUGAAGCUCUCACAGGAUUCUCACGAGUAGUUUUGAAACAUUUAGACGGGCGUGGUAUUUCAAUAAAUCAUCCCCAGGGAAAGGUGUUACAGCCGGGACAAAUUUUAAAGGUUGAGGGCGAAGGUAUGCCUCUGAAGAGGAGCGAUGCUAAGGGUGAUUUGUACUUGAUUGUAAAAAUCGACUUUCCUCAGGACGGAUGGACAGAAGACACAGCCGCAUUCUCUACUCUGCAGCAGGUCCUACCCAAACCUGGGCCACCGAUCACAACCGAGGAGGUUGAUGAGGUGGAAUACGACUCUGAUGCUGAUCUGGACGAUGUAAGUGUUGCUAAUCUACUCCCACAUACUUUACAACUAACUUAUAAAUCAGUUUGGUGCAAAUUCUGGGGAUCCUCGUGCCGGUGGUGAAUGGGAGGACGACGAAGAAGAUGGCGAAGGAGGUGCUCAAUGUGCUACCCAAUGAGCUUGGACAUAGACUAGUAUUUUGUGCAUCAUGGGAUUCAACUUGCCACUGGGUGGCGGAUUGGUUGGAUCGCCUGCAAUAUAGAGAGCGGUAAAAACGGGACUACGAUAUAGAACCACAGCGGAAGCAAAUUCAUGGGAGGCAUGGCGUUUCGGGGUUUGUUCUAGCAAACAUUGUAAUAAACUCCCGACAAUCAAGCUCUAUUUGUCC